AAGAUAUCCGUCGGAAAAUGGACGAUAUCAACCAAGAAUUCAGUAAUUACUGGGAACCCAACUCCUUCCUCCAAAACGAAGAGUUUAAAUACGACAGCUGGCCGUUGGAGGAAGCUAUUUCCGGAUCAUAUGAUUCGAGUUCACCUGACGGUGCGGCUUCGUCUCCAGCUUCAAAGAAUAUUGUGUUGGAGAGAAACAGAAGGCAAAAGCUUAACCAGAGGCUCUUUGCUCUUCGUGCAGUUGUUCCUAAUAUCACUAAGAUGGAUAAAGCAUCAAUAAUCAAAGAUGCUAUAAGUUACAUACAAGGGUUACAAUAUGAAGAAACGAAGCUUGAAGCUGAGAUCAGAGAACUUGAAUCUACACCAAAGAGUAGCUUGAGUUUCGGUAAAGAUUUUGAUUGUGAUCUACUGGUUCCUGUCACAUCCAAGAGGAUGAAGCAGCUUGAUUCUGGCUCUUCCCGUUCUCUCAUAGAAGUUCUUGAAUUGAAGGUAACAUUCAUGGGAGAGAGAACAAUGGUGGUGAAUGUAACAUGUAAUAAGAGGACAGACACAAUGGUGAAACUGUGUGAAGUUUUUGAGUCAUUGAAUCUAAAAAUCAUCACUUCCAAUCUCAACUCUUUCUCCGGCAUGAUCUUCAACACUCUCUUCAUUGAGGCAGAUGAAGAAGAACAAGAUGUGUUGAGGUUGAAAAUAGAAUCAGGAAUAGGAGCUUAUAAUGGAGCUCAGAGCCCCACUUGGAGCAUGGAGUCUCUAUACUAAAAAGCUUGUAUUUUUUAUUCUCUCUUUACAAAGAAUAAAAUAGUAUGUUUUUUUUUUUUCUCCACCCUUCGUUUUGUUUUUCCAUCACGAAGACUUCUUUUGCGUUUAUGCAAUGUCUAUAAUAAUCGUACGCAUUAAAUUUUUAUUUAAUUUUGGGGGGAGGGGGUGGGGAAUGGUAUGUUCGUCUUAAAUAUAAAUCGAAAUUUAAAAGGA